AUGUUACUGAGAUACUUAAUCAAGUCGCUGGUUCCUUUGAGACACCAGUCAUGUUGCAGCAGGUCAUUUGCGUAUUCGUUUGCUACAUCUACCAAUUUUGAGCGGGCAAUUGAAUAUGAGAUUGAUCUUAUAUCUCUUAAAAAAACCACUGGGCGCAAACGGGAACAAGCAUCUGGCAAAUUUAAGUUCAAUCCGUUUAAUUUGACAAGAUUAGAAUCGAAAUUGAUCAACCCUGAAAUUGUUACUAAAUGUAUUAAUGACGUCAAGCGAGAUCCUUUAGAUUAUAAGAACUUUCCUAGUAAUGACAGUAAAGGACAUUUGGAAUUUAUUGAGAGGUAUAACGUUGAACUCCGUAAGUUCUUAGACUUCAUUCAGAAGAAUUGUGAACGUAAGAUACAGACGUUUGAUCAGCUUACUUCAGAAGAAAUAUUGACCAAUUUAAAUAUUUUCAAGGAUAACUAUCAGAAAGGGAAAAUUGAAGGUGUCAAUAAGUAUAACUACACUUCUUAUAAUUAUAUGUUUGAGAGACUUUCAAAAUAUCUUCGGCAUGAUUCGAGCUUUCCAGCUCUUUUGAAAAACAAUUUGGAUAAUGAUUUUGAAAGUAAUAAGAUCAUUAUGGACUUAUAUAAGUUUGGCAUAGGAAAAUUCAUGAACGAAUUAAAGUCGCUUGCAAAUGAGUUUUCAUUCGAGAGAAUGACUAAAACAGAGAUUUCCAGUGCUAUUGAACUGACAAUAAUGCAGUAUGACGAUUUUUUACGAGUAAAUGAGACAAAUGCUGAUUUCUCUGAGACUUUCUUUAAAGGCUGUUUUCAGAUUCAGAGAUACAAGCAUUUAAAAUCAAUUUUGGAUGCACUUCCUAUUCAAUCUUCUCAUUUAUUAUACAUUCUUAAUAAUGAGAAUUCAAAGCUUAUUAUUAAUAAGAUAAAUGAGCUCUCGGGAGAAAAAGAAAACUUCAAGAAGACUGUUAUAAGUCACCAAGCUGAAUUAAAUUUCAUUGGGUUUUUAUCAAAAGACUCGUUUCAAAGCUUUGCCAAGCUAGCAUCAUUUUUAUAUAAGCUUUCUAUCACUUCAAAUGAUGAGACAAUUCAGUAUAUCUCAUUGACACUUUUAGAACAACUUACACCAUUCUUUACUAAUGGAACAUUACAGGAUUCCGACUUGAGAACUAUUGAGUUAGAAGCCAUUUCACCAGCUAUUAUUUCGAAUGAUAUGAGGGAAAAUUAUGAAUUUUCUGUUUUAGGAAAAAUUGAAUUGUUUAACUUUGUUGAUGAAUUAAAAUUAUUGAAAUCCUCCAGUAGAAAGAAUUUUGGCAAUCUAGUUGUUGCAGACACAUUUGAGGAAUUGGAUAAACUAAUAAAUUUCUUUAAAGGUAGUAGUGUGAUUCUUGACAACUUACAAGUAUUGGAAUUAGAGCUAUGCACCUUAUCGAGAUAUAUUACCUGGGAUUUAUCGGUUUUAGACAAAUUGGUAGAUGAUCCCUCUUGGGUUUUAUAUUUGACUGAAGUCUAUGAAGCUGGGUUUGAGAAUUCUGGUCAACAAUUCGAUUUUACAAAACGGACGCCCACAGUACGUCAAUAUACACAAAUUCCUGAUGACCUAUUCCUACAUGAAUUUGUUAAUGAAUUAAAGAUUGUAAAAGACGAUUUACUAGGUGGUUUUAGCUUCAAUAUUUUUUCUUCUUCUGGAGUUCUUAGUAUUUUGGAACAUGCCAUUGAGGAAGUCCAAACUGGAUAUAAUCUAAGUUUUAAUUUCACUAGUGACAAAGUUGAUGAUUUUAUUCAACUCAAUAGGAGACUAUGUAAAUUAUUUCAAUUUAAUGGAGGUAACACGGGAAUUUUAGAUACCCUAAUUCACUCGCAAUCUGUUUUUGAAUCAGUUGCAAAAAGGUCUAAACCAUUACAGAAAAAGGAAGAUUAUACGCAAAUUCCUGAGGAUAUUGAAUUGCACAAGUAUUGUACAGAGUUAGAUAUUCUUAGACAUGAAUUGGGAUGUCCGUAUCAAGAUUGUUCUGUUGCUCAAAUAAAGAGCCUUUUGAAUGAUAGGAUCAAUAAUGUACUUAACAAUAGUGAGACACAAUCAUCAUCUAUCUCCAGAGAAAACAUUGAUAAGUUUUUGAAGCUCGAGGAGAAUUUGAACAAAUUAUUCAAGGUUAAUAAUUAUCCUGCCAUACUAGAUACUUUACUUCAUAGUCAGUCUGUUUUCGAGAGGUUUGAAAAGAAGAAGAAACAGACAAGUACUUAUACCCAGAUCCCUGAUGAUCUUGAAUUGCAUAAGUUCUCAAAUGAAUUGGAAAUAUUUAGGGAGGAUGAGUUGAAGGGUUCUUAUAAUGAUUAUUCCGCAGAUCAAAUUGAAGCCAUUAUGAACAAAAGAAUUGCUGAAAUCAAUAAUGGAAAAGAAAAUUCCAACACCUCUUCCCGUAUGAAUAAAAGUAAUGUAUAUGAAUUUAUGAGGCUAGGUAGAAGACUCAGUAAGCUAUUCGAUAUCAAUGGCAAAAACACUGCAAUUUUGGAUACGUUAAUUCAAAGCCAAUCUGUGUUUGAUAGACUUGAAAGGUCCAAAUUCAAAUCAAAUAAAUCUGCAAGUCCAUAUAAACAAAUUCCAGAUAGUUUUAUUUUGGAGGAGUAUAUGCUUGAAUUGAUUCAAUUGAGAUCAGAAUUAGGAGGGAACGAUUUUAGAUCUUUUAAUUCUAAAAAAAUUCUUGUAACGUUGAAAAAGAUGAUGACUAAUAAGAAAAAGUUUAAUUUGGAUAAAAGAAUAGCAUAUUCGAAAUUGUACAGUAAUAUUUGUUAUUUAUUCAAAUACAAUGGAAACAGAUCUUUCAUAUUGGAUAAUGUAUUGGUGAGCGGAGAGGUUUUUGCUAAAUUUGAAAAUGAUAAGAUUUUUGAUAAGUCUCAAAAGCCUCAAAAUUCAAUUAUCUCGCAAAAUACAAAGUUCGUCAAUGAAUUUAUUGAUUCACUUAACCAACUUUUUAAUCAUAUUAAAUUGACUGGUGCAUCAGAUUUUCUAGGCAUAGAUGAGUUGGAAUUUGAUAAAUAUAUAUCACAGGUUUUAUUAUCGAACAAAGAAGGCACUUAUCAAUUUCCAGUUUAUCUCAAUAUGGUUGACAGAAUAAGAUUUUUUAAUCUGAAGAUUAGAAACUAUCCUUUCUUCUUGUAUUCUCUAGUUCAAAAAAGAAAUGCUGGGGAGAUUAUUAAUGACAAAAUAGUCAAAACUGUCUUUGAAGAGAGUAAUCAGAUGAUGCAUAAUGAAUUCAAAUUGAAUGAAAGUAAAAGAAAAAUAUCUGUCCCAAUAUCUGAGUCAGCAAACAGAUUUGAUAUUAGUGAUUUUACUCAGUCUGAUGCAAAGCCAAAGCAAGAAUAUAUAAACUCAGCAUCAUUAUUAGCUUCGUUAUCCAAACAGAAAAGUGCAGCCGAUUUUGAAGCUAGUGGAAUAGUGAAAUCUAAGAAUUCUACCGAUGACUUACUCAAAUCAGAAUUAGAAAUAAAAGAUGCAGUUGCUUUUGCACUAAAUAAUGACAAAGAUGAAACUAAUAAUGAGCAUGAUCAGUUACAAAAUUUGACUACUGAAAAAGUUAGAGAAACUUUUAAACAAUAUAAGCCAUCAUCGCAUUCAUCAAUUCCUACUUCGCAGAUUGAUAAGUCAUCCAUUGAAAGUUAUUUGAAUAAGGCUAAGAAAGAAAAGGAUUUAGCAAAGGAAAGAAAGUUUAGGGAAUCUAAGGCUUAUGAGUGGAGUAAAAGUAUGUACAAUACGCGUAGAUCGUUGGAAUCACAUAACUUUUUUGAUCCUAUUGUUCCCAUCAGUAAAGUGUCUAAAGAAUCAAAAGAAUUAUUUUUCCCUAUUUUAAAUAAUGGUGAAACUGAAUAUUUAUUGUUGACUAUAAAUGGUGAAACGAUCAUGUCUAAAGAAAAUCCAUUAGGUAAAAAUAGCUUGCCACAAGACAUGUUCACCGUUUUGAAUAAAUUUUCUGAAGAGGAUUUAGGAAGGUUUAUUAAGAAUGUUAACAAAUUACAAAAGAACAAUUGGAGAUUAAUUGGUGGUGGUGGUGGUGGUGGUGAGAAAGAAAAGAUGUUGGUUUUAACCAGGAAUAAGACUUUGAAGAGGGAUAUGUAUUUAGCCAGAAUUAAAACCAUGUUUGCUACUACCGGAGCAGUAUUCCUUGUUUUAGUGUCACUAAACCUAUGGCUAGACGAUGAAAGCGCUACUCCAGUAGAUGUUCAGACACCUAUUGAAGGACAUAUACCUAAUAAUGAUAUAGCUAUACAAUCUGGCAAUAAGGUUGAUAUUAGCAGCACCACUCAAAAACAAUCUUCUACCUGGAAAAAGUUCCUUUGGAGUACCAAGUAG